AUGGCACUCUCCCAUCUGAAUAUUAAAAAGUCUAAGGGUGAGGAUGACAUAGUCCAGAUGCCUGGACCUGUUGUCACCUUCCAAGACCUCUGCUACAGUGUUAAAGAAAGCAGAGGCCCAUGCAGGAAAGGACCGGAAAAGGAGAUUCUGAAAAAUGUCAGUGGGAUCAUGAGACAUGGAAUCAAUGCCAUCAUGGGCCCCACAGGGAGCGGAAAAACCUCGCUGCUUGACGUCAUUGCAGGCCGAAAGGACCCUGCAGGCCUGCGUUCUGGCCAGGUGCUGGUAGAUGGCAAGGCCGUGACAUCUGACCUGAGACUUAGCUCAGCGUAUGUGGUUCAGGAUGAUAUUCUGAUGGGGACUUUGACAGUCAGAGAAAACCUUACCUUCUCAGCUAACCUACGUCUGUCUCGCAAGCAGUACUCCUCCUUAGACAAAGAACAGAAAGUCAACAAUGUCCUUAAAGAGCUGGGUCUCCAGAAUUGUGCAGAUACCAAGAUCGGGACUGAGUUUUUGCGGGGUGUGUCAGGCGGGGAGAGGAAGAGGUGCAGUGUUGGCAUGGAGCUCAUCACCUCUCCCUCCCUCCUCUUCCUCGACGAGCCCACCACUGGUCUGGAUGCCAACACUGCCAACUCUAUCAUCUCCCUACUACACAGUCUGUCCCGGAAUGGGAAGACAGUGAUCUUCUCCAUCCACCAGCCAAGAUACUCCAUCUUCCGGCAGUUUGACCACCUCACCCUCAUGAACAAGGGAGAGAUCAUCUAUGCUGGGGCCGCCAGCCAAGCUAUGGGUUACUUUGAGGAAUUGGGGUACCAGCGUGAGGAAUUUAACAACCCUGCCGACUUCUUCCUGGACAUCACAAAUGGAGACAUUGUCCCAACUUUGGACUCCAACAAAGCAGAGAAGGCAGAUGAGAACCAUCUGGCCCUGCAGUACCUACAGUCAAGGCACUACAGUCAGGUGAUGGAGCAACUGAAACAGCUCUCAGAGGCACAGGACUCCUCCACUGGCAUCCAGGAGAAGGCCUGCUAUGCCACACCCUUCCACUACCAGCUUAUGGUGUUAGUUGGCCGUACUAUGAAGAACAUAUUGAGGAACCCACAGACCUCAUAUGCACAAAUGGCUCUCAACAUCAUCUUUGCUGUUUUGGUGGGGCUCAUCUAUUAUCAGAUUCCAAAAACUCUGCCUGAGGGCCUGCAGAACAGGAUUGGAGCUUUCUUCUUUCUCAUCAUCAACAUGGUGUUUGGCAACUUAUCUGCGGUUGAGCUGUUCAUCAAUGAGAGAGCACUCUUUAUCCAUGAGAACUCCAGUGGUUAUUACCGCACAUCUGCUUACUUCCUGUCCAAGGUUUUUGCUGACCUCCUGCCCAAUCGUAUCCUCCCAAUUUUCAUCUUCUCCAGUAUUUCCUACUACAUGAUGGGUUUGAAGCCGGAUUCGGAAGCCUUCUUCAUGUUUGCGCUCACCAUGAGUCUUGUUAGUUUGGCAGCCGUGGCUCUGGCCUUUCUGGUCAGUGCCAGUGUGGGCUCAUUCGCCAUGGCCAACAUUCUUAUUGCCCUGCCAUAUGUCUUCAUGAUGGUUUUUGGUGGCUUCUUGGUGAAUUUGAAUUCCAUGCUUAGUUGGUUAUCUUGGCUGAAGUGGGUUAGCAUUUUUCGCUAUGGUUUAGAGGCAGUGACUAUAAACGAAAUGAAGGGACAAGUUUUUGGUCUGGGUAACAUCACUUUCACAGGGGAGAUGUACUUGGACUCGCAGGGCAUUGAUUACAGUACUUGGGGAUUCUGGCAGAACCAGGUGGCUCUGCUUGGCAUCAUGCUUGUAUGCAUGGUGUUGGCAUAUGUCCAGCUACUCAGGAUCAACCGCUGGAAGUGA